UAUGAGCAUGAUGAUGAGAGAGAGAGAGAGAGAGUGUGUGUGCUUAGUUUAGUUUAGUUUAGUUAAUAGUUACUGACUGUGUUUCUCUGUCACUCAGUAUUGGUCUGCUUAACAGCACCACCAUGCUCUGAUCACUCAGAUUUAUAUAUUUAUUUAAUCAAUCAGUCACACACUUUCGCUUUCUCUUAGCUCUAAACUAAACAUAAACAUAAUAACAAAAAGAGAAAAAGAAAAAAAUUAAAAUAAAGCCCAGAUUUAAAAUCUCAAUCUAGAGAGAGAAACAAGCAUAAAAAUUAUGAAACCAUCUCUCUCCCAGUUUCUCUCUCUAAAACCACCGUUCUCAUUUCUUCUCCUUCUCCUCAAUCUCAGUGCUUCAGCAUUCUAUCUCUUUCUCCCUCUAUAUAUCUCUGCAUCUGCGUGUCUUUGGAUCUAGCUGAGUACGAGCAUUUGGAUGUGAAGUUGUGAGAGAGAGAAAGCGAAAGUAAGAGAGUGUGUGGUUUUGGUUUCGGUUAGAUCGGAGAUGGCGGAUUUUUCCGGCGAUUCUGGAGCGGAGGCGGGUGCGGCGGUGACGCCGGCGCCAUUGACGGUGUCGGCGUCGUUCAAGGAAGGGAAGAGCUCGUCGAGGAGGAGAGCUUCGAUGAGGCCGAGCCUGGAUGCGGACGAGUUCAUGAACCUGCUGCACGGUUCGGAUCCGGUGAAGGUGGAGCUCAAUCGGCUCGAGAAUGAAGUUAGAGAUAAGGACAGAGAGUUAUCAGAAGCUCAAGCCGAGAUCAAAGCCUUGAGGCUUUCUGAACGGCUCAGAGAGAAGGCCGUUGAAGAGCUUACUGAAGAAUUAUCGAAGGUCGAGGGGAAGCUGAAGUUAACAGAAUCUCUACUAGAAAGCAAAAAUCUUGAAAUAAAGAAAAUCAAUGAUGAGAAGAAGGCAUCAAUGGCAGCUCAGUUUGCCGCUGAGGCCACUCUCCGAAGGGUUCAUGCAGCACAGAAGGAUGAUGACAUGCCUCCUAUAGAAGCUAUUCUUGCUCCUCUGGAGGCUGAACUCAAGCUUGCACGCCAAGAGAUUGCUAAACUCCAAGAUGAUAAUAAAGCUUUAGAUCGUCUUACCAAAUCUAAAGAAGCAGCACUUCUGGAAGCUGAGAGGACUGUCCAGGUUGCCUUGGCUAAAGCUUCCAUGGUGGAUGAUCUCCAAAAUAAAAAUCAAGAGCUAAUUAAGCAGAUUGAGAUUUGCCAGGAAGAGAAUAAAAUUCUGGACAAAAUGCAUAGACAGAAGGUGGCAGAGGUUGAAAAGCUUACCCAGACUGUAAGGGAGCUUGAAGAGGCUGUCCUUGCUGGUGGUGCAGCUGCAAAUGCUGUGAGAGAUUAUCAGCGGAAAGUUCAAGAAAUGAAUGAGGAAAGAAAAACUCUCGACCGAGAGUUAGCUCGUGCCAAGGUAACUGCAAACAGAGUAGCUGUGGUGGUGGCAAAUGAAUGGAAAGAUGCUAACGACAAAGUCAUGCCUGUCAAACAGUGGCUUGAAGAAAGAAGAUUCUUGCAGGGAGAGAUGCAGCAACUGCGAGAUAAGCUCGCUAUAGCUGAGCGCACGGCAAAGUUUGAAGCCCAGUUAAAAGAAAAAUUUCAAUUACGGCUUAAAGUGCUACAAGAGAGUUUGAGAGAAACACCUAACAGUAUUAAUCGCGGAACCCCAGAGGCUAGAAGUGCUAGUAAUGGGCCUUCUCGACGCCAAUCCCUAGGUGGAGCUGAUAACAUCUCAAAACUGACUUCUAAUGGGCUUUUAUCAAAGAGAACAUCAUCCUUUCAAAUGAGGUCCUCUGUGUCCUCCAGCACAGUCUUGAAACAUGCUAAAGGCACAUCUAAAUCUUUUGAUGGUGGCACAAGGUCACUUGAAAGGAGUAAAAUUCUUCUAAAUGGAAAACCUCCAAGUUAUUCAUUCAACCAGUCUUCUGAAGGAACCAAGGAGAAAGAGGAAAAUGAUAACUGGAAAGGAAGUUCAGAUGAUAAGCCAAAUGAGUUCCCAGCGGUAGACACAGAGGAUAGUGUUCCAGGAAUUCUGUAUGAUUUGUUGCAGAAAGAAGUCUUAGCCUUAAGGAAAGCUGGUCAUGAGAAAGAUCAAAGCCUAAAAGAUAAAGACGAUGCCAUUGAGAUGCUAGCGAAGAAGGUAGAUACACUGACUAAAGCCAUGGAAGUUGAGGCAAAGAAGAUGAGAAGAGCUGUAAACAAUGCUCAGCAGCAACUCAUUUCUGGAAGGAGCGUGACACGGGGUGGAUUAACACGCAGCACGCAAUAGCAAUAGGUCUAUUGCAGUGGCACUGAGGAGUGAACUUUCUCAUAUUAUCAUUCUUCUGGCCUUCUCUGUUGAUUUUUUCUUUUUUAAAAAAAUCUUUUACUUUGCCUUUUCCCCCUCAAUUUGAUUAUAAGAUUGUAACUGGCAUGCCAACGACCAUUGUUCCCUAUAUCGGCCAUGGAUUGAGAGUUAGAAAAGAAUUUAAGGAAUGGGUAUGCAUCUGACCUAGAAUGUUGUAUUGCAUAGAGAGAGUGAGAUCGGCUAAGAAGGCAGGCAAAGGAAGACAAUUAACAUGGAGCUAACCUUCAGCUUUUCUUUGAGUGGUUGUGUGGUUGUUGUAUAGCUAGAUCCUUUCUGCAGUUGAUAUUUGUGAUACGCAGAUAGUGUGAUUGUGUUGGUUCGAGUUUGUUAAUAUCCUUUGUACUCAUCAAGAUCUAAGCUUAUGGUUGUGUCAUACAUUCAUAGUUUCAACUUCAUAAUAUUUUCUUGUUUGAUUGAAAGGCGCAUUGUUGCCUCUA